UCCACGCCGUCGCCAUGACCGGCUUCGAUUUCUCCAACUACAACCGUAACGCGGCCCUCCACGCCAAGGGAGUUCCUCUCCCGAAAGCCACAAGCACCGGUACCACGAUUGUGGGGUGCAUAUUCGACAAUGGCGUUGUGAUCGCAGCAGAUACCAGAGCCACCAGCGGACCGAUAGUAGCAGACAAGAACUGCGAGAAACUGCACUACAUCUCGCCGAAGAUCUGGUGCGCGGGCGCCGGAACGGCCGCGGACACGGAAUUCACGACCGCGCUGAUCAGCUCGAACGUGGAGCUGCACUCCUUGUCGACGGGACGGCCGCCCCGAGUGAUCACGUGCAUGACGAUGCUGAAGCAGCACCUGUUCCGAUACCAGGGACACAUCGGGGCGUAUCUGGUGGUUGCGGGGGUUGAUCCGACCGGGACGGGCCUGUACACUGUGCACGCGCACGGGUCGACGGACAAGCUGCCGUACGUGACCAUGGGGUCUGGAUCGUUGGCGGCGAUGUCGGUGUUCGAGUCGAUGUGGAAGCCGAAUCUGGACCGCGAGGGCGCGGUGACUCUGUGCGCCGAGGCUAUCAAGGCCGGUAUCUUCAACGAUCUGGGCUCCGGUAGCAAUGUCGAUGUGUGCGUCAUCGAGAACGACAAGCCCACCCAGUUGCUGCGGAACUACAUGAAGCCCAAUGAGCGUGGCCAGAAGGAGCGCAAUUACCGCUUCCCUCAGGGUACUACCGCUUACUUGAACCAGAAGGUUAUCAGCAAGGAGGACAUGCGGAAGUAUGUUACUGUUGAGGAGGCUUCGGGGGAUUCUAACUUGAUGGAGGUGGAU